UGUCAGCUGACGGCCAAACAGUUGAUCUUCGUAUUGGAUCAGUUGUCUCAUAAAACCAUUGUUAAUACCGAUGAUCGGACGCUUAGACUUAACCAAAUCACUAUUAGGAAUGUUAUGCAUACCAUCAUCGAUGGUAACAACUGUAGUGAUGAUAAUGUCUGGAAAUUGUUGGCAAACAAAACAUACCAAUAGUAAUAACAGACAGCAAACCAAUCAACCAUUUAGUCAGCAAUCAGUGUCUCAAAUAUCGACAACUAGUAGUAGAAGUAGUAGUUUAAGUAGAUUUUCAUCUAAUAAUCUGUGGCUAAGAUCAGCGGCAGCGGCGGUGUUGACACCACUCAUGAAUGAUGACAACGAUGACGAUGAAGACAUAGACGAUGAUUAUGUUGUAGACAUUAGACGUAUUAUUAUAGACAGUUACAAAUGGGUUGUCGUCUGCCAUCAAAUUAUAUUAGAGGACAACCAGACGCAAGAAAAUCGGGGAACAGGAUUUCGUAUUGACAGCCGCGACGGCGGCGACGGUAAUGGUGUACUGAUUGUGACCAACUAUCAUAUAGCAGUCGGUUCGCGACUAGUGGCCACACAAUUGAUGUACGCAAACGCCUACUAUGAACACUUAGGCACUGUUGUCUAUGUUGAACCGCACCGGGAUCUGGCAUUGAUUCAAGUAUGGCCUGACAGCGGCAAUGAUGUUGAUCAGUUCAAAUCGAGACCAGUGGCCACUCGGUUGCCCCGAUUAGGCGAACCAAUUGCUACAAUAGGUCACGGCCAAAUUGACUAUUCGGUACAUACGGGUAUUGUUUGCGGCAUAGGUUGUCCAGCCUACGGUGUCAAUCAAAGCUACUACGAAGUGGACACAAUUCAAGUGGCCAAUCGGCUGCUAAUGGUCUAUCAUUCGGCUGUUACGGUUUCGGGUAAUUCGGGCGGUCCGAUGGUCAAUACGGCUGUCCAACGACCAGCCGAUGCCCACAUAUUUGCGGUCACCGAUCUCGGUAACAGCGAUUUUGGCCUAAAUUAUUGCGUAAUGGCCAGUGAUGUCAGCGAGUUUCUGGAAAAUAGCAAACACUAUAUGAAACAUAUAUUUCCCGUUAACUAUAGGUCAAGAGUGGACAGGUAUGCUAGAAAACCGGGCCUAAUAUUAGGCAUAAUAUUAGCUGGAAAUAUAGUAACCAAUAAUAGGUUUAUCAUUGAGGAUCUACUUUUCCAAUCCCAGUGCUCGUAA